UCACAUGAGCUGCGUUCAUGUGACUGUUCACGUGACCUCUUGUCUAUAUGGCAGCAGUGGGCUCCGCGAAGGAGUGUUUCGUUCUCUGACUCACACUUCGAGGAGACACAAAGAGCUUAAGAACAAGUCACUACAUCUCCAAGAACAACUUGAAAACUAGUUGCAGGCAACAUGUGGCGAGCAGCCCUCCUCUUAUUGGCUGCCACCCUGUCGGUCAGCUUGGCCAAACCCCGCCUCCACCCUCUGUCCAGUGAGAUGGUGGACCACAUAAACAAGAUGAAUACUACAUGGAGGGCUGCUCAAAACUUCCCAAAUGUCGACUACAGUUAUCUUAGGAAACUGUGUGGGACAAUGCUGAAGGGACCCAAACUUCCUGUCAUGGUUCAGUAUGCCGGACAUGUGAAGUUGCCGAAGGAAUUUGACUCCAGGGUACAGUGGCCUGACUGUCCCACACUGAAGGAAAUCAGAGACCAAGGCUCAUGUGGCUCAUGCUGGGCCUUCGGUGCCGCAGAGGCCAUAUCGGACCGUGUGUGCAUCCACAGCAAUGCCAAGGUCAGCGUAGAGAUCUCAGCAGAGGAUCUGCUGACCUGCUGCGAUGGUUGUGGCAUGGGAUGUAACGGUGGCUACCCCGGAGCUGCCUGGGGCUUCUGGACUACAGAUGGACUGGUCUCUGGUGGACUCUAUGACUCCCACAUCGGUUGCCGUCCCUACACCAUCGCACCCUGUGAACACCACGUGAACGGUACCCGACCUCCCUGCACUGGGGAAGGUGGAGAUACACCCAAGUGCGUUUUCAAGUGCAAACCCGGAUACUCCCCCAGUUACAUGAAAGACAAGCAUUUUGGUAAAACAUCUUAUAGCGUGAUGUCAGACGAGGAGCAGAUUCAAACUGAAAUAUUUAACAACGGCCCAGUAGAGGGAGCAUUCACCGUAUAUGAAGACUUUGUUCUGUACAAGUCUGGGGUGUACAAGCACGUGUCUGGGUCCAUGCUGGGUGGACAUGCCAUAAAGAUACUUGGCUGGGGGGAGGAAGAUGGUGUCCCCUACUGGCUCUGUGCCAACUCCUGGAACACUGACUGGGGUGAUAAUGGGUUCUUUAAAAUCCUACGUGGAUCAAAUCAUUGUGGCAUUGAGUCUGAGAUUGUGGCAGGAAUCCCCAAGUAGAACCAAAGGUUUUUGAGUGUCGUCGUUCAAUAUGUACUCACUAGAGGGCGACACACACCAUCUUCCUGCACUGGGAUUUACACCAUGUGGAUGGUUUUUAGUCACCACAGUUAAAGCAUCACUGAUUUACUUUCCUAUUGACAGCAGCAACAAUACAUUGAAGAGUUUGUACUUUUCAGUGGCUCUGAGAAUGUCUGCAACCACUGGAUGUGCCUGAACACGAUGUGUUCUCUCUCCUUUUGAAAAAUUGUAGCUAAUGUGAAGUUUGCACAGGUGGACAGUCACCAAAUGUGCUUUUCACAUUGUCUUUUUUUAAUGUCUGACUUUGUCAUUAGUAUGUGUCAAAUGUUUUAUCAAUCACAGCUGUCGUAUUACUGCCACUUUUAUUGUUUAAUGACAUUGUUAGUAUUUAGGCAUUGUAAUUGACCUGUGAAGGCUUUUAAAUGUCAUCAUGUGAGGAAUUUAGUAUUUGCUUUAUCUGCCUGCAAUGAUCAUCUCGGUAUAAUACAUGCUCUGAAUUAAAUGUUUCAUUGUGAAUUU